AUGUCGGACGACAACUUGUGGUAUGAAGGAAUAGCUUUCCCCACUGUGGGCUUCAAGCCUGAACUCAUGAAACAAGCACACGAUGAGUUCGUGGUCAAGGAUGAGGAUGUGGUAACAGUGACUUACCCCAAAUCAGGGACAAACUGGUUGAUUGAGAUUCUCUGCCUGAUCCACUCCAAGGGGGAUCCCAAGUGGAUCCAGUCUGUGCCCAUCUGGGAUCGCUCACCCUGGGUAGAGACAGAGGAGGGAUAUAAAUUAUUAACUGAUAAGGAGGGCCCACGUCUCCUCAGCUCACACCUCCCCAUCCAUCUCUUCCCCAAGUCUAUCUUCAAUUCCAAGGCCAAGAUAAUUUAUCUCGUCAGAAAUCCCAGAGAUGUUCUUGUGUCUGGAUACUUUUUCUGGAAUUCAGUGACUUUCGUUAAGAGAUCAAAGUCACUGGAGCAAUACUUUGAAUGGUUCAUCCAAGGAAAUGUGAUAUAUGGAUCAUGGUUUGACCACAUUCGUGGCUGGAUGUCCAUGAGGAAGAGGAACACCUUCCUGCUACUGAGUUAUGAAGAGCUGAAACAGGACACCAGAAAAACUGUAGAGAAGAUCUGUCAAUUCCUGGGUAAGAAGUUAGAACCAGAAGAACUGAACUUAGUCCUCAAGAACAGCUCCUUCCAGGCCAUGAAAGAAAACAAGAUGUCCAAUUAUUCCCUCCUGAAUGAUACGUCAUUGGCUGACAAUCUAUCAAUUAUGAGAAAUGGCACAUCUGGCGACUGGAAAAACCACUUCACAGUGGCCCAAGCUGAAGCCUUUGAUAAACUAUGCCAGGAGAAGUUGGCAGAUCUCCCGCAAGAGCUGUUCCCAUGGGCUGUAUAUGGAUACUGA